CCCGUCCAAGUCGCUUCACCAAGCACGCCCGUGCGGGACGAGAAGAGCUCUCCUUCUGCAGGCAGAAGAUGCUGGCGGGACAAUAGCAGCCCGACAAUAGCGGGCUCGGUCCAGCAUGGCUGUGUACGCCCUUACUGGCUUCUCUCUCGUCAGCCUGCUCAGCUUUGGAUACCUGUCCUGGGACUGGAUGAAGCCGGACUUGGUGUCCGACGUUCCCCCGAUGGGGAAGUCCGUCCAGGCUGCUUCUCUCUCCAGACCUCCGCACAUCGUCUUCAUUCUGACGGACGACCAGGGCUACCACGACGUGGGCUACCACGGCUCAGAUAUCCAGACACCAACGCUGGACAGGCUGGCUGCAGAGGGGGUCAAGCUGGAGAAUUAUUACAUCCAGCCCAUCUGCACCCCCUCCAGGAGUCAGCUGAUCACGGGAAGGUACCAAAUCCACACAGGGCUUCAGCACUCCAUCAUCCGUCCCCGGCAGCCUAACUGUUUGCCCUUGAACCAGGUCACUCUCCCCCAGAAGCUGCAGGAAGCUGGCUAUUCCACCCACAUGGUUGGCAAGUGGCACUUAGGGUUCUAUCGGAAAGAGUGCCUGCCCACCCGCAGGGGCUUCGACACCUUCCUGGGCUCGCUGACGGGGAAUGUGGAUUACUACACCUACGACAACUGCGAUGGGCCAGGGGUAUGUGGCUAUGACCUUCACGAUGGAGAAAAUGUGGCCUGGGAACAAAGUGGCAAAUAUUCCACUUUCCUCUACACUCAGCGGGUCAGCAAAAUCCUCGCUUCCCACAGUCCUAAGGACCCCAUCUUCAUCUAUGUGGCAUUCCAAGCUGUGCACACCCCACUGCAGUCCCCAAAGGAGUACAUCUACCGUUACCGUUCCAUGGGCAACGUUGCACGCCGCAAAUACGCGGCCAUGGUAACAUGCAUGGACGAAGCUGUGAAGAACAUCACCUGGGCACUGAAGAAGUAUGGCUACUAUGACAACAGUGUGAUUGUGUUCUCCACAGACAAUGGCGGGCAGACUUUCUCGGGGGGAAGCAACUGGCCCCUGCGAGGCCGUAAAGGGACCUACUGGGAAGGAGGAGUCCGUGGCAUUGGGUUUGUCCACAGCCCAUUGAUUAAACGCAGGCGGAGGACCAGCAGGGCGCUCAUUCACAUAACGGACUGGUACCCCACUCUGGUGACCUUGGCUGGGGGCAACUUGUCUGAAGCUGAUGGUUUGGAUGGGUACAAUGUGUGGCCAGCCAUCAGCGAAGGCAAAGAGUCUCCACGCAUGGAAAUCCUACAUAACAUCGACCCUCUCUAUAACCAUGCCAAAUACGGCUCUUUAGAGAAGGGCUUUGGCAUAUGGAAUACUGCGGUACAGGCCUCAGUACGGGUUGGGGACUGGAAGCUUCUUACGGGAGACCCUGGUUAUAGUGACUGGAUCCCACCACAGACUCUGACCAACUUCCCAGGGAGCUGGUGGAACCUAGAGCGCCUGACAGACGGGAUGCGCAAAUCCGUCUGGCUCUUCAACAUCACGGCUGACCCGUACGAGCGCUAUGACCUGGCAGAGCAACGGCCAGAUAUAGUCAGAGCUCUCCUCAUCAGGCUUGUCCGCUACAACCAGACUGCCAUUCCAGUCAGAUACCCAGCAGAAAACCCUCGAGCUCAUCCAGACUUCAAUGGUGGUGCCUGGGGACCCUGGGCAACCGAUGAGGAGGAAGUGUGGGAGGGAGGGCAUGGGAAACUGAAAAACAAGAAGCGGAAGAAGAAAUGCAAAAUCUGCAAACUGCGCUCUUUCUUCCGGAAGCUCAACACCAGGCUGAUGUCGAACCGCAUCUGAGGAGAGCAGGGCUCUUGCCAGAACCGCAUCUGAGGAGGGCAGAUGCAACCGUGAAGGAACAUUGUUCAGAAUAUCACAAAGCAGGCAGGGAGUUACACAUAGAAGCAGGAGGACAGUUUCAUUCUCCCAUUUCUGGUGGUGAGAGUGGAGUGGAAUAUCAUUCUGUUGCAAUUCUGGUGGACCUAACUGAGUUUAGCCAAACUACGACACCGUCGUUUCCCCCCUCUCACUUUGAAACCAGCCUAGUGCCUUCCCUCUCCUCCCACUUUGGGCAUUGACCAGACCAGUGCUCAUUUGUGCAGGGAAACAGGGCCUGUUAGUUCCAGUCUCUGAUAGCUUGCCUAGCGAGUUAUGGGGACCGUCCCUUCCUAGAGAUUCCAUAACACAUUUUCAGGAAAGAUCAUGAUUGAUGCACAAUAUGUGCAUUACAAUAAGAUGCAAUACUGUGAAGAUGUUUUAUGCAGGCCUUCGAGAAGCCAGAAUAACAACUUGCCACAAGGGCAAGGUAUCUUCUGCUAAGCAAAGCUGAAACCAAAUUCUUCUUAAAAUGCUAAAGGUUUUUGUCAAUGUCUGCUCAGCAACAGGAGCUGCUUUGGGUUUGCUAUUUCCUCGUGAAAUACUGACCAUGAAUAAUGACCUUAUAUGAUGUAAUGAUUUUGCUCUGGGAAAAAGUAUUAUCUCCCCUCCUUCAGGGCUGCAGCUUUCCCCUCCUGAUCACUGCACUGCAUGUGGGUGGUGAUACAGAAGACCCGAGACCGUUAUUUUUAUCAGCCAUAGAAUCCAGAUCUGGAACAAUGUGAACAUUUUCUCCUAAAUAUACAUACGCCAAACAUCUUGUAAGUGUAGGCAGGAACCGUCAUUAAAGUGCAUGCCAGCAUUGCACAGGUUUAUAUGUGCAGACUAAAAUAUGCAGCCAAACAUGGAUGGUGGAGCAGUGGUUACAUAUUGAACUCUAUGUCUGCUCAUGUACAUAGAGAUGCAUAAACAUUUUCUUUUGUGUCGUCUCCAAGCUGCACAAUUGCUCUCCCACAACGGACCUGAAAGGAAGCUACUGCCCUUAUGGAGCUCCUUUUGGUGUUCUCUUCCCUUGCAGUCCAGCACUGCUGCACAUAAGGUGCCUCUUGUCUGCCCAUGUUUCAGUGCAAGGACCCAAGAGAAUUACUACAAAUCCCUUCCAUGUGUCAUUUUGCAUUAAAAACAGAUCACAGGAAGGAUGCAUAUAUAGAAUUAAGUCAGACCUAGUUAAACAAAGUCCUACUAGUGCUACAUGCUGGCAGCAGUUGCUUGAAGUAUUUCUUCCGACAGAGCAUAAAUUAACUUGUGGCAUUAAUUGCUGCAAAUGUGGUAAUGACUACUAGGUUAGUUUUUAAAUUUUAUUUUUAAGAUUUGAGGUGGAUUACUCUAUUACCAGCUGUUAGUCAUGAUAGCAAAAUAAAACCUUCAUA